AUGACGCUCGACACUCGCAGCCACAUGCAGCAGCACCACCAGCACCAGCUCAAGCAGCGCAACGUGCACACCCCAAAGACGCAGCGCGUCAUCAAGCGCCAGUCCGCCUCCACCAUCGACAACUCGGCCAAAUGUCUUGCUGGUGGUCUCUACGUCGCCCCCGCCAGCGGACAAGAGGUUCAAGUCACCAACGUCACCGACAUCCGCUGGGACCAGUCGUGUCUCGACAACACCGUAUCCAAAAUCGACAUCUACGUCUACUCCCCUUCCAUGCCCAACCAGUACCUCCCCAUCCACGUCUUCCAGGGCAUCCCCAAGUCUCAGCAGAUGUACGAGACCAAGCUCGACCCUCGAUGGUGGGGUCGAGACCUCGGACACAACUCGUCCGUCCCCGUCUCGUUCAACAUUGUCCCUUCCGGAAACGAGCCUUGGGACUCGUCCAACCCUAUGGGUCCCACCUUCACCGCCAACUACGACGUCCCCAACCAGGGUGCUUCCAAGGCAGAGUCGUUCUUCGGCAAGCUCUCCAACUCGGUCAAGACCGCUUUCCUCGAGAAUGGCCACCUCACCCCCGCUGGUAAGACCGCUGCCAUCGUCUGCCCCCUCGUCGUCUUCGCCGUCGUCCUCGGUCUCGGCAUCCGUCGUCUCCACAUCAAGCGCUUCAACAAGACCGUCGACUGGGCCGAACACAUGGACAAGCGCAUGAGCAGGAUCUCGGUCGACUGGACCGCCGGUGGUGACGGUUCUGCCGGUCCCAUCCCCGGCACUCGUCCCGCCUCGUACAUGUCGCGUCCCUCGCGCGACCUGGAUGGAAACUUUGCCGGCCGCGGCGCUGGCGCCCGCGUGCCCCGACAGAUGGAAGACAUCACGCCUCAGUACGCCACCGAGGACGAGAUGCGCGAAGCUAUGCCGCGAGGACUGUCCAUGUACGAAGAGGGCAACCGCACCUCGCGCAUCUCUUUCGCCGACACCACGCGCGGUGACCGUGUUUCGCGCAUCAGCUACGCCAACUCGACCGACGUCCCCGGUCGAUCGUCGUCACAGCUUCCGCGCGCAGGGAACGCUCGUCGUUCGCAGCUCGUCGACUCGUACUACGACCCGGAUGCACCCGCCGUUCCUCACCUUGACGCUCGCUACCGCACCAGCCAGGACACUCGUCGCUCGGCGCGCUUCUCGGACGGUCUCGUGUACGCCGAGACGGAUGAGGACGACGAGGUGCUCAUGAGCCCCACCCAGAACGACGGACCUCGCCCUCUGGGUGCCGGCGACGUCGACCGCAUGCGUCAGAGCCUCGAUGCCAACGCCCGCAACUCGAUGCUCGCCUACCCGGCCUUGAGCAUGGUUCAGUCUGGACGAGAGUCGAGCGACGGUCACGACAUGUUCGAUGGACCAGCUCCUCCGAUGCACGACAACCAGGAUGCCUACAUCGACCACCACCACUACGGACAGUCUCGCCAGCUCGGCGUUUCGGCCCAGACGGGUAUGGCGCCUCCUUCCAACUUUGCAUCGCCAGACGAGGCGAUGAAGCACUAUGCUUCGCUGCGUGCCGCUGCCAACUCUGCCAUGACCGACGCGAGGGCGCCGAGCUCCAGAUCAUUGUACACGCCCGGUGCUCACAUGUCUGUGGCUGGCUCGAGUCUCAACGAGGAAGAUGUGGUCGGCUACAACGAGAUGAUUGACCACGGCAACCACUCUCGUUGA